GUAUCAGCAGCUGGCAAAGGAACGACCGAGAAACUCUCUUGCCUCAGGACAUUAUCAAAGCGGACGCUUUGCAGGGUGCCGUCCGCUUGAAGGAAGACCUUGGCCUCACAUACGACGAGCAAAGCCUCAUCAGACACCAUGUUACAGAGAUGAAAUACCUGGCAUUUCUGCUCUUCGCAUUGCGACUGGCCGUGAACAUCAAGGCCCUUUCACGGAACAUGAUGACUGUCUGCGGUGAAGAGAUGCCUGUGACCGUGGGGAGUGCGGCGCGCGUCCUCGAGGCCGCCAUUUUCCUUGAAUACCUUUGUAAGCUGCCAUGCGAGAUCCUGAGCUGUAUGUGCGGGAGUCACACCAGCCCCUCCCAAUGUGUGAGCACAGUCAAAACCUUGGCGGGCUUUUCAGCCAUGCGCUUCAUCAGGUUCCUCAACAAGCGCAAUAUCUUCAACGCGCUCCGCAAGAUCGCAGCCUAUCCCAACAUUCUAGAAGGCUGCUACUUGGUGAUCAUUGGUAUUGCCUACUCUUUGGUGGUCGCAGGGUUUGGUCUCUCAGUUCUGCUUACAAAACUGCACGGCUUGGACAUUCAAGCGAUGGAGUCCGCUGGGGUCCUGGGCCUCUUCCGCACUGCCUGGGCUGCGCUAUGCUCGGGCGGGCUCCACGCCUUCAUGGCCACCAACCUCAUGGAGUUGGUGGAGUUUACGAAUCAGGUAGCCUCAGCAAUGAACAUCAAGGAGGAAGAGAUGCAGAGUCUUCUCUCCUUCCUCCUCGGCCGCGGUCACAGCCGCGCACAAGCCUACAUGGACGCAGUGAUGAUGAAUUUUAUGAAGCUGCCGCGCUGGAGCAGCCGACUGGUUGCUGUGAUCACAUUCGACGCAGACGGGCUACAGCGACUGGUGCGAGAAAGCCCUGAGCACUGA